AUGUACCAUUAUUUCGUAAAUACGUACACCAUAGUUUUAUUAAAUGAUUUAUUUGGUAUUCAAGUACGAUCAGGAUGUGCUGGUGCUGGACCUUAUGUUUUAGUAAGUGAGACAUGGAAAGAAAUUUUUACAAAAUUUAUUACAGCUGAUGAAAAUGGUCGAUUCAAUGGAAUUUCUAAAAUUGAGUUAAUGAAACCUGGUUUUACCCGAUUUAAUUUAUCAUAUACGGCUGUUUGGCGUCCUCGUGCGAUGUCAUCAGAAAAUAUUUUUUGUCACAAUUUCAUAAAUCCAAAUGCUCCUCACUUAAUUAAAAACUCAUCUCGAGAGGAUCCGAUUGAAGAAGCUAAAUCAAUGGCAAAUAAUCUACCAAAAUAUGUUUAUGAAUAUAUUGAUUUUCGAACGGAUCUCCCAUUAAAUAUUACAGAUGAAUAUCAAGAUUUUAUUUGGUUUGUUUUACCCCAAAAAAAAAAUAUUCAGUUUUGA